AUGGAUGAGUCGUACCUCCCAAAUUACGGUAUCACUGCGGCGCAGACACCAUCGUCUUCUCAGACGAACCCCAAAACCGAUGGUAGCCCCACUGCGCCAGAAGCCAGCGCCGGGGCCGCUACAGAGGCCGAUUCCGAUGUCCUGCGCGGAUCGGCAGCAGCGGCUGAAUUCGGUGACAGGAACUCACCUGUCCGGUGGACCGUGAAGGAUGUAUUGCUCAAGAUAAUAUUUUGCAUCUGCCUAGCAACCCUUGUCGGCCUCAUCUUUGCUGGAAUCAUCUUCAUUUUCGACCUUCCUCAGAAAGGUCCCGGUGGCCUCCAUCAUGGUCGAUCUCAUUUUGCGGUGCCAAUGACUGCGCCAACGAGGCCCGAACCUAUUCCGUUCCUGCAGCAAGCUUACAAUGCCGAAGAACCGAUUCCUUCGGUGGCGAUUAUCUUUACAGCAGGAGCUGUGGAUGGCAAUGCUGGGAUCGCUGAGGGACCUACAGCUGAGCCUGUGCUGGGAACAGCCCAGGAAGGCCCCGGCUGA